AUGUUCAACAGCAAAAGAUCGCGCGCUACUUAUGAGGCCGACCUCCACGAUGGUGCCGCCGUUCACGUCGCCUUUGGCACACCUCUGCCGUCCCUAGACGCCGAUACCCGUGAUGAUGGCUCAUACAUUCCACUACACAAGCAGGAGGUAAGGGACGACAAGGGCAGGCGGCGCCUCCAUGGCGCCUUUACUGGAGGCUGGAGUGCAGGCUAUUUCAACACCGUCGGAUCAAAGGAAGGAUGGACACCUUCGACAUUCGUGUCCAGCCGUACGGCUCGCCGGAAAGAUGACCCGAGGGCACCAGAUCAGAGACCAGAGGAUUACAUGGACGAUGAGGAUCUUGCCGAUGCAGCCGCCACGAAGGAGAUCCGAACUACUGAUCCGUUUGGGGCUCUCGGGGCUCCAUCGCCUGGUCAGCGUCUGUCCGGUGGCCUAGCCAGCUUGAUGCGCAUUCAAGGUGAUACCAUAGGUCUCAAGUUGCUGCGAAAAAUGGGUUGGAAGGAUGGCCAAGGUAUCGGGCCCAGAAUUCGUAGGGUAGCAAGGCUCGACAUCUCGGGAGGCAACACGCCUCACGUGGCAGAGAAGACGCACAUGUUCGCCCCGGAAAAUAUCAACAUGGUCAGCUUCAUCCAGAAAUCUGACCAGAAAGGCCUGGGAUUCAACGACGACGACGACGCUCGGAUUUCGCGAAUAUCUAGCUCUGGUAGCGCCUGGGCGCACCACACUGCCUCCGGAAACCACCGCAAUGAAGUUACUAGGGCCGGUAAUGGAAUUUAUGAGGGAGAGGAUGAUGACCCGGCUAGCGGACUUAAUGUGCUUUUGGGAAUAUCCGAGAAGAGGAAAAGCAAGCAUGGCCAGCGGGGAGGUCUUGGUGUUGGCGUCCUAAAUGACACCGGCUCAGAAGAAGAUGAUCCUUAUGAGAUGGGUCCACGGAUCUCAUAUAAUCGAGUAUUAGGCGGGGAAAAGACCAAGAAGAAGAAGAAGCUUGCAGCCACCAGUGUGUCUGCAAACCCCGGUCUCGGAUCCACGCCGGUCUUCGUUUCCAGAGCCGCCCACACCACAAAAAGUCGCGGACAAGGCAGGUGCGGGAAUGGGAAGCGGCCUUUGAACGGAUUUGUUCCCGGACAACUCACAAACUCAAAAUCAACCGGGAACUCAACGGACGUGUAUCCUCCUCCCUCGGUUCCCCCUGAGUGGGCACCGUCAAGGAGCAACUCAUCCCUAACGUUCUCUACAAAUACGUCGACGGCAGAGGUUGCCAAAGCAGCCAAGCUAGAUCCCAAAACUCGCGCGGCAAUCCUAGGCGAAUCGACUUUGCCAGGCAAGUCUGUGUUUGACUACAUGUCGGCAGCCUCUCGAGAGCGGCUGGCGAUUGCUUCAGGGAAGACAGACUUGCCUCCAGCGAAAGGCGAGGCUCCGAUCGAAGCUAGGGGACCAGCCGAACAGCAGCUUCAGGAAAGAAUUCGCACUCUACCGUGUCUGCAGAAAGAUACCGCCCUCGCCGCCAUAAGUCGCGGGGCAAGCACUGGAAGCCCCUAUGCCAACGACGACGCAAAACGUGGACGAUAUCGCCUUUACUUACAGAGCGCCGCGGGCUUUGGUGGGUCUCCCAUCAAGCCAUCGGAUAUGACAGAUGAUGAUUUUGUUAAGGAGAUCGGGGAAUUUUACGGAUGUGCGCAGCUCUUCAAACCGAUGACAGGUUUCAUGGCCACAAGAUUCACAACCGCCUCGGCAGGAUCCAAGCAACUUGCUACCAGCAGCGGAUCAGAAUUGGCCACAGACGUUGGUGUUCGAAAAGCUACGGCAGCACCCGCAUACCUAGGCGCAGCGGAAGAAGCCGCCAGAAUGGGCAUGUAUGGGCGUAUGACGAGGCUGAUCGAAGACUUUUCCCCUGGCAGGUUGCUGUCGGCUGGAUCUUCUGUAGCAGCCCCAGCAUACGCACCCACGUCUUCUGUCAUCUCCUGUGACGAGCCCGCCUCAAGCUCCUUUGAUCAAGCCCUCACAGACACCAAGCGCGGACUCACUCAAGACAAGAAGGGCGCCGCUGCGAGCAAAGACGACGAUACCGAGCCGCCGCCAGCUUACUCGGAGGGACCCAGUCCACUUCAAUCCUUCACCUUUCUCAUGGCUACCGCCGGUGGCGCCUCGAGUAUCAUUACUCAGGUACAACAAGGAGGCCCGCCCAUCAAUGCGAUCGGAGAUGUCGGCGCCGACGAGACGAUUUCCAUGGACCUUCGGGGUACCAGAUUUGUUCUCUCGAGAGACGAACUAUUGACGUUGCCUGAGUUCGUGCUCCUGUCUCUCUUUCCGAACGGGCUCUUCCCCGAAGGUCACAUGGGUGGAUUCGCCGAAGGCGACGCUGUUCAAGUAGACUAUGAUCCAGCAUCAUUGCAAUACAUGCUGGAUUUCUUCCGUACUGUGGCACAGUCGAUACCGGCCGAGACGUCUCCAAGUCUCUCACAGGAAGAGAAUGCAUCUGCUGCUGACGCCAUGGAAUCAAGAGAUGACUCUUCUAAACGGGCAGGCAUCAUUGUUUUGCGAGAAGACUUGGAUUUCUACGUCAUUCCGCCGCGGGCAGAUAUCACGCAAUCAGAGAUGUUAGAGGUGAAGCGAGCGGCUGGCAAAGCGCUGCUUCAACAGAAUGGCAUAUUCUCUGGCCUGAAAAGAAGUGACGAGCCGGGCACUACGGAGGCUCACCUUAUCGAAAUGUUGACAGCAGGCGCGACUGAGAAGUGA